UGCAUCACUUGACUUUUGAACAAACGAAAAAGAAAGAAGUCACCUGACACGAGCGAGAAAACCAAAUACAAACGGCAGCGCAGAAUAUCGUCAUUCUAAUUAAAUAAGAUUUGAAUUCGGGAUCCGAACCCAACAACCGAAAUUUGAGGUACAACAACAUGAAAGGUUUAUUUUGCCGUAUUAACGGCAGCGAGCUCAAAUUCGUCACACAGGAAACGGCCUGUGAAGCUGUCAAGCAUCAUUUCUCUUUUGUGAUGAUUCCCUCGCUAGACGCUUCCCGAGGUCCUCGGUGGCCAUGACGUCAGGAUCCACGUGAAGGCGUGUGGCCUCAGCCCGCUGGACCUCAAGACCUGAUGCUCUCUGUUUGUUGCAUGCUGCAGUUUCUCGAAGACAUGGGACUGCAGGGAGAUGCCAUUCCCCUCGGCAGGGAGGUGACCGGCAUCGUACAGCGAGUCGGUCCCAAAGUCACCUUCUUCCAACCGGAUGACGAGGUUGUAGGUAUUCUUCCGCUGGACUCCGUCUGCUCGGGACUCAGUGAUGUCAUCGACAUUAAUGAACAGUAUUUAGUUGAGAAGCCGUCCAAAUUGAGCUGCACGAGCGUGGCGGCGGCGCUGGAGGACGGCCUGCGCGCGUACACCGCCCUCCACACCCACGCCCGCAUGGCGGCCGGACAGACGCUCCUGGUGUUGGACGGCGCCAGUUCUUUUGGCCUGAUGUGCAUCCAGCUGGCGUCUUACCACGGCGUGAAGGUUCUGACCACGUCACGCUCGCAGGAGCAGCACAGCUUCUUGGAGCAGCUGAGGCCCAGCGUAGGUGUUCAGGAACCUCUUGUGGCGAGGGUGAUUCCCGUCCACAAAAACCCGUCGAAGCUUCUCCCGGCGGUUCUGGAGGAGACGGGGGGUCUGGGAGUGGACAUAGUUGUGGACCAGGGAGUUAGUCUGCGAGAAAAAGAGCAACCAGAAGAGGAGGAGGAGGAGGAGGAGGAGGAAGAGGCGGCGACGUUUCUCCCGCACAAGCACGACAUCAUCAUUGGAUCCUCCCGACAGCAGGUUGAUGUUCUUGAAGUCAGCCUCCGUGUCCUUCCUCAACUCUCAAGUGUGGUUGGCUUCGUCUUCCCAGCAGGGUCGAUACCUCCAUAUUCUUCGGGACAUCGUGGAGAAGAUGUCGUCUGGGGUACUCAGACCUCAACCCGAGGAGGCGGUGCCUCUCCAGGACGCGGCCGCCGCCAUGGAGAACGUGCAGCUCCAGCACAAGAAAAAGGCCGUGGUGGAAAUGUGACGACACUCUUCAACGCACUCGGACCUUCACGACUCGUUGAGUCGAUUCUGACGGGGCCAGCGGACACCUGACCAGCAAUCUAC